AUGGACGCUGACGAAGGUUUCGUUCCCAUUCUAGGCAUCUUCUAUGCCAUAUUCCACCCGACAGAGGGCACGAAAAUCGUCCACCAAGUACCUGAAGGCUCAAUCACCAGCUUUUCUUCUGCCACGAUAGUCGAUCCAGCCAAUGUUCUUUUCAACUUUGAUACAGUGAAAAACUACAUCAUUCCCAAACCCCAGCUCUGCAACAAGUUUGUUUCUUUCAAAGUCAAUCGCUUCAAGGUGUUGGGCUACCCUGUGAACAUUGAAAGUGUUCGGUACUCGAGAAAUUCCUUCAGCUUCAAUUUUGGCUUUGUGUUUCCCUACAAUUCCGAUGUCACGCCUUACGAGUCGGCCAUUCGCCGAAUGGGCAAGAUGUUCCGUGUUUUGGAGGAGCAGUCUUUUCUUCUCAGCAAGCUAGGUGAGGACCAGCUUUUGGUUUCCGACCCAGACAAAGAACUGGAUCUGGCUAGACUCCGAUAUGCGCCGGGCCAUGAGAAGUUCCGCAAGUUCUCCUUGCUGUCGAUUGGUUCUUUGAUCCAUCAAAUCUACCAGGACCUCAAUAACUACUCAGAAUGUUGCAUUCCCAUAGACUCGGCCAAUAGUGUGGACAUCAAGCUUUUCCCAAUCCUUCCGCCGCCAGUAAACUUGAAAGCGUUUCAGGUGCCUAUUCUUCAGGUGAAAUUGCAUCUGCUCAUCGAUGUGAACUGGGACCCGACCAUGGUUAAGAUUCUUCCUUACAUUAAUGGGCUUAAUUCGGUGAAGAGAAUCAGCGAGUUGGCCGACGCUGAUUACCUUUUAACCAAACAAUGCAUUCAGCAUUUGAUGCACUACCAGUGUAUUACUAUGGUGGACAUUUUCCAGUUCAGUAACAUUUACGCUCCUACAAACAACAUUGGGGAUUUUCUAAAGCCAAACGGCAUGGCCGAAGAUUGCCAGGCUUAUGUCAUUUCUACACUGGACUGGUCUGCGCAGUCUUCGAAUCCUCUCACACCCAGAACCCCUAUUACCCCUUUGACGCCUGGCCUUUUAGGGAAAUCCGUUAAAGACUCAGAAAACUCCGAUAGUGCAAACAGCUCAUAUUUUGUGCACAAGAACAUUGCACUGUCUACAAGUCCGCUAACAAAAUAUAGUUUGGGCCGUUCGGGCCCAGGAGGCACGGUGUGGAGGCAAACCAUCCAUGUGCCUUCGAAAGCGACACUUUUUUACCUUUAUCGUCUGUUGAACCAGGGACAAACCAUCAAAGAGUGGUACAUACAGCACCAGAAAGCGUUGAAGAAUAUUGAUGUACGGCGAUUCAUUAAUUUUGGGGUUGUACGGGGAAUCACUUACCGUGUUCAUCUGUAUCCAAUUCUUCAUUCGCUAACAAAAUCAUUGGAAAAUGGCGACGAGAAAGUGAGCGACUUGGAUGAACUUGUGACGCAGUAUGAGAAGAAGAUGGAAAUAAACAAGCGGAGAACUCAGUCCAGUGCAACUGAUCCGAGGGAGGCUGGCCUCUUGAAGACGACGAUCAACGAAACAAAUCUCAAAACGGGAAAGAAGACCAGAACCGUCAGCUUCAACUACAACGUUGAUAGAUAUAGUCGAGAUAGCGACGAAGACGUUGAUGAGCUGGUUUUCAUUAGUGAUUCUGAAUCUUCCAUGUCGGGCGUAAGCGACCUGGAUGCUGGAGUAGCACUCGCUGAUGUUGGCGAAAGUGAUUCGGACGACGAUUCGGAUGAGAAAGCCGAUUUGGUGAAACUCAGCAAGUUGGUCCGGGGUGUUCAGCACACGGAUUGUAUAUGCACUGAGCUUCAAAAAUCUAGGAUCGAAGUGGAGCUGCUUUUGGACCGUUUAGGGCCACAUUUUAUAAUUAAUUCGUGA